AUGGCCUUCACAUGCGAGCACAACGACGCGCAGUCGUACUUGCCUGUGGACACUGCGAUACCCACACGAAGCUCCCAACUGUGUGGUUUCGAAGAUCAGCUGGAAGAGCAGGCCGAAGAGCUUGAUGAGCCAUCCCUGUCGUCAGCAGAGCAGCAGGGACGUGGCCGCUGGAAAUUGGUUUGCGCUGGUCUCAUCGCAGCUGCUGCAAUCUUCGUCACUGUGACGGGUGUCCGCAAAGCUUCUGUGUCCCUACGCGGCGCAGCGGACGUGGCGCUGUGGGAAGUCGCGACGAACCACUGUGCUGGAACCUUCGAGGUUGCUGGCAUGGGGACAGUUCACCUGAUCAAUGCCGAGGGGAACACACCAGGCGAUGCAGAGAGCAAUCCAUGGAUCGAGGACUCCAAGAUCAACCUUGCUAGCCAAGCCCGAGCCUACUGGGGCUCUGCCUGCAACCCGCAAGGUGGAUACUCGCAAGAAGAUUACCUGGAUGUGCCGCUGUUAAACAGACGGCUGCAGUACACGACCGACCUCAGUGGCGCAGGAUGUGGCUGCAACUCGGCAUUUUACCUCGUGUCCAUGACUCGUGGCAAUACCUGGGAGACAGACUGCAAGGACUACUACUGUGAUGCAAUGAGCGUUUGUGGUGUGCGAUGCCUGGAACUUGACAUUCAAGAAGCGAACACGAGGGCCUUCCACAGCACCUUUCACGACCUUCGCUCGGAGAAGGACAACUUCAUCGGAACCGGCGGAGGCGGCACUGAAUGGCUUGGGCCGCGGGACUGGUCGGCCAACCAGUAUGGGGUCAACGGCACGUGCAUCAACACUGCGAAGAAGUUCCAAGUGGCCAUUGAGUUCCCUGUUCAGGAAGGCACUGAGCAGCUGAAGAGCAUCGACGUGACGCUUAUGCAAGAUGGUUGCAGUCUGCGUGCGUCCAAGUACGACCAGGCAUUGCUGCAAGCUUUCAGCGAGGACUUGAAAAAAGGGAUGACGCCUGUGCUGAGUUACUGGAACGACGCCAAGAUGACCUGGCUUGAUGGCAACGGCAUGGGCGAGGAGGCAAUGUCGUUCUGCAGCAAAGAGGAUGAUGCCCAGAUUGCAACGAGUAAAACGUUAAGAGUUAAGAGCAUGCCAUACUAG